GUUGGUUGAUUGUGCCCUGAGACUACCACUCCGAAGGGCCGCUCCCUCCGCCUGUUGCUGCAGUUGAGAUUGCUCGGAACCCAUGAUUUUCAACAAAAAAAAACUAAACUAAACUAUGAGAUCCGUAUUGCUGCUAUAGUCGAUCUGGAAUAAUGCAAGCAGAAAAAGAAGCAACAUAUUUUAACGACAGUCACGAAUUCCAUGGCGGUGUUGUGCUUGAAAAAUUAUAAGAUUGAACCACUCUGUUCCUCAGAUGAUCAGUGCAUACCAACAACACAUGUAUAGAAAGCCUCUCUAACGAAAGUAAUCGCUUUCAAUAAUUGAAACAUCAAACGUUUGAAGUACAAUUACUCAAAUCGACCAUAACCACCAAACAAUCCACCUACGGAGUGCGGGCACUUGGGAAGGCCCUUGCAAAAACGGAACGCUGUUUUACACGUUACCAAUUGCAUUGCGCAUGCGAACAGCAUCAGCAGUAGCAAGCUUUUAAUUGCCGGUAAUCAUCUCAGACGCCGCACAGUGAGGGAGCGUCAAAUAUUACCAUCCGGACGGCCGUAAUAACUUUCAUCGCGGAUGGUGCAAAAAUUGUCAUCCUGAUGAGAAGCAAAAAAAAGUGGCUGGUGACAUCCAGUCUGCCGUCGCAGGUUUCACCAAACGGAUUGAUAGUUGAAACACUCGAAAAAGAUAUGGAUAAGAAACGAUUGUUGGUGGUUUCCGUUCUGGCUACGUUUUACAUGAAACCUAGCGGGGUGCUAUCCGAAGGUAACGCUAAUGAAACAUCAAAUGAGCUUAACAGCACAUUUUUGGCUUCAAGUGAAAUAGAUGGUUCCGUAGAACUGGCAACGAAUGAAGCUGCAAGCAUCGACAUUCCUCCAAACGUGCUCAUUGUCGACAAUGCUUCAGUUAAUCAACUGCCAACUUCGCAGCACCAGCGCUUGCAUGACUUACUUGGGAGGAGCCAACUUCAGUACAUUGAUUACAAGGUAGAAUAUGGAUUACGUUACGAUCCGAAAGUUAUCGCUAACAAGCAGCAGCAGCAAGCCGAGCCUGUGCUUCCAGUAAUAGGAAAUGAAAGUAAUGAGGAAGAAAGCCUGUCUACACCGUCGUCGGUCAUCGUCACAAAAAAUGAACCAUCGCCAAUCAGCAGCGGCACCAUCGCUACACCUACGUCGAUCAUCGCAACCAACGCAACUGCCACCAGUAAUGUUAUGCGACCACCCACCCGAAUCGAGAACGCACUUGCCCUAAUCAGCGAAAGACUGCAGAAGCUUUUCGGGCAUGGGCUCGCAGUUAACUCAACCGGAUCACGAGUCAUACAAAAGAUCAAAUCUCCGCUAACAUUGUUCAGUGUGUUCGAUGUGAUUAGAUUCGAAAACACACCUUGCGUGGCAAAACGUGAUAACUUAACGAGGCUUUACGGUGUUUGCUAUCACCAGGUGGAAUGCCACCAACUAGGUGGUGUGCCACUCGAUUUGUGCGCAGUUGGUUUUGGGGUCUGCUGUGUUUUUAAACUAGGUUGUAACGAGCAGACUGCGCAGAAUUUAAGCUACUUCCAAAGUCCAAACUAUCCGCUGGCGGUCCGUAGCAGACUGACUUGCACCUUGUCAGUGGGACUCCGCUGGAACGUGCGCCAGGUUUUGUUGGAGUUUAUAUUUUUCGAAAUGGCCCCGCCUAUCGACGGUAACUGUUUGGAGGAUAAAUUUAUCAUUUCCAUUCAGAACAGCUAUCGGAAAUAUCCGAUCAUAUGCGGUGUUAACAGUGGCCAGCAUGUAUUUCUUCAUAUUGACAGGCAGUAUUCCCAUUUUUUGUACCUGACUGCCGUAUCUAAUUCUGAUCAACCGAAAGCAUUUAGCAUUCGAAUAAUUCAGUUGGUAACCGAUGAAGCUCCCGAUGGAUGUCUGCAGUUUUACGACAGCGUGAAUGGAUAUAUUAAAUCGUUCAACUAUGACGAUCAUUCUGUUAUAGUAGAGCAGCGCAAUCCGAGUUAUUUGAAUAGCCUAAACUAUGCAAUCUGCAUCAAACGAUCACCCAACUUCUGCAGCACAAUGUUUGAGGCCGUGGCGGAAGAUGGACAGGCUACCACGUUUCAAAUGAUCAACGUGGACGAAGAGGGCAGCAGCUUGACCAAACCGAACACAGCUGGCGUUGAAAUAUACAGCUGUCCGGAUGAUUUUAUUACUAUCAACUAUAUACGGCUGUGUGGAGACCGCUUGAACGCUGGUUCAAGCAUUGCUAAUUACACCCAAAACAGUCCGGUUACAGACGACAGUGGAGGACCGAUUGUAGUUGCGGUUCGGACAAACAACGAACGGGUUGGACGUGGAUUUAGAAUUAUGUAUCGACAGAUCGUUUGUAAUCGACAAUAAUGUAAAUUCAAUAAAACACUAGAGAAAGUACUCAAAUCAACAAGAAACACUAUCUGAACACUUU